CCUGGCUUUCUUUUCAACGGCCCUGUCUGUCCCCUUAAGCUGCGCUGCGCUGCAAUUCUCUCUCUUGUCGCCGGCCGCCAGCUCUCCGCCAGCUCCCGUACAGCUGCUCCCUCCGGCUCUUCCCCAUGCCGAGCACCGUGCUGCUCGUGACGUUGCCUCGCCUAACCAGCAUCUCACCGCUACCAACGUCACUGCCCGGGCCGUCGACUGUCCAGCCCUGAAGCCGCCCAACGGCCACCCAUCGAGGACUAUCAGCAUUGGUGCACCUGAGGUACCAGACACCAAGUGCAUGCAAAGCGCGGCGUCCUGAACCUCGUCCACCGUGACAUAUCCAACGAUUCGACCGCCGCCGCACGCGACACUCGAGACCAUGGCUCCCGAUCCCGACUCCCAAGUCCUCACGACGCUGCCCUCGGGCGAGCCCAUCGACUCGUCGGCGCCGCCCUCGCUCCCUCCGCCGAGUAGAAAGACCCCCCUCGGCGCCCUACUUGGCGCCGGCCCGUCUCACGUCGACGCCUUUAUCUCCCACCUCUACCGCUGUAUGCAAAGCCGCGCCGGCGCCGACACCGUCCUCCUCUUCCUCUGCUACUCGACACGCCUCACGGGCUCAAUUCUUGAGACCCUGAGCCGCCCCAUUCUACAGCUCUCGGCCCGCCGCCUUGUCGCUUUGGCUUUUAAGCUGCCUCCCGCCACCACGGUCGUCCUGGCUUCGGCGAAGCCUCAGCCGCCGCUCGCCGCCUUCGCGCUCCGCCUCGGCGGGUACUUCAAAGCCGCCGCCGCCCUUCUGAGCGAGACGCGGACCAUGGGCCGCCUCUGGGGAUUGUUGGGCAUCUACUUUGCCGCCAAAAGGCUAGUUCUCAAGUCACGCGCCAGAAGACAGGCUGUGGGCUCGGAAAAGGCCGUCGAGGCGCAGGACGCUGGGGAGGUCCUCUUCGACACGCUCGUGGGUUACGCGCAGGUCAUAUCCCUCAUCGCCUACCAGGCCUGCGAGAACGUGGCCUACCUGUCUAGCAAGAAGGUGCUUCCCUUUUCGCCCAAGACACAGGGGCGGCUGGGGUCCAUCAGCGUGCGCUCCUGGGGCGCCUACGUCGGCAUGGAGCUGGGCAGGCUCCUCGUUGAGCGGUCGCGCAAGGUCAGCAGCGGCGCCGCGGCCAAGGACCCCAAGUGGGCGGCGUCGUGGAUGACCGACUUUACGCGCAACCUAGCGUGGGCGCCGCUGACGGUGCAUUGGAGCAUGGAGAAGGGUCCUCUGCCGGACCUGGCUGUGUCGCUGCUGGCGGCGUACCCGUCCGUCGGUGCCAUGAGAGACCUCUGGUGCGAGACAGCUUGAGGAAGAAGGUGAGGGACGGGGGCCCGAGGCCUGAUUGAAGGAACGAGCGGCGUGGCGCAUACAGCGCGGGAGUAUCAUGGCUGGGACGUCCAGGAUCUACUAGACUUUUUUAUUUGUUGUCGGUUCUGGCACAGGCUUGGAAAGCCUCUCAGGAGGAUCGUUGGUCCACCAGACGGAUGGACAGUCAGUUUUAUUAUAGAUGGAGCUGCGCACGGGGAAAUCACCGUGGGUCUCGCAGGCAGGCUGCAUGUGGCGCGCGACAGGGGCCGCCGUGAGUUCAUGCGACUCGCUCAGCCUGGGCCAAGCAACCCAUUUGCUUGUGCGUACUUUGCACGCGUCUGUUUUUCAUGUGGCGACAGUUGGGCGCUGAGUGUAUUGUAUACAAUAGCUCGUGCGUCUGGGUCAAGUAUACCAUCUAUCCAAAUUCAUCAUGAGCGGCGACGAUUCGAGCCGCGUUUGGUAUCAAGAACCGCGACUCUCCACCUCAUGGGAUGCGCAAGAGCCCAAAACACCAUGAGACUCCAAGUCGUCUAACGUAGUUUCCCCUUCUCGUCCGUGCCCGACGCCGGUUGAAGGGGGCUCACAUGCGCAAUCGCAUAAUCUCAUUCUUCGUCCAAUAGCGCCUCAUAUUCUCCGCGCCCAACGCGCGCACCUCCUCGUCGAGGUGCGCCCACAGGACCUGGCCCCAGCCCUCCAUGCGG